AUGCAUAAAAUGACUAUAGCUAAUAAUUAUCACGAUCAUAGUUUUUUUUACAUAAAUAAUAGAACGAUGCUUGAAGAAGAGCUAACUUACUUUCAAAGAAAUGAUCUGAGUUCUGAGCCUACAGAAACUAUAGACAAUAAAAAUAUAGGAGAUUACAAAACGAACGCUGAAACAUUUAGUUCUAACGAGAAUAAGAAAAAUGAUGCAUUGAUGAAUGGCACAUUAAAUGGGAUAAAGAUAAACAAAAUUUCUACUUCUUCUACCGUGGUUAAUAAUAAUAGCAUAGAUAGCUCAGAUGGGCAAAAUGAUACCAAUAUUAUUGAUAAGAAAGCAAAUAAGCGAAAUAGUGAGUUAGGAAAAAAUGGUAAAGUUUCUAUCAAUAGCAAUAAUACCAAAGAUAACAUAAACAGCUCAAACAAGAUAAAGAAAAAUAAAAUAAAUAAUACAAAUAAUAAUAACUUGUCUAAUAAUAAAAAUGGUAUAAACAUAAACUCAAAAUUUUCCAGCAAAAAUAUGAAUUUAUUAAAUAAUUCAAAUACUGAAAGCUCAAGUUGCAAUAUGUAUGACGAAGCCGAUUUCAAAAGCUUUGACUCAUCUAUAAAUAGUUUUAAUUAUGCAGAUAGUAUAAAUAAUAAAUUAGAUUUAAAAGGCUUGAAUAAUAUUAUGAAAUACUCAAAUAACUUAGAUAAAAAUAAGCAGAUAUAUACAUAUAAUGAUAAUAACAAAACUUGUUGUACAAACGGAAAUGGUAAUGAAAGCAUAAAACUGUCGGAAAAUAAUUUAAUGCACAAUUAUAGUUAUACAGAUUGCUACAAAAAUGAAACCAAUAAUGCCAAUGUUAGCACUUGCUCAAAUGGAAAUAAUACUUAUAAAAAUAUCGAAAAGAGUAAUCAUAAUAAUUCGAGUGGUUUCAACCAUAAUAGUCAGAAUAGUCCAGAUGAUAACAUAUGCAAGAAUAAAAAUUGUGAAAAAAAUUCUGACAACAAUAUGAAUGAAAAUAAUAGUACUAAUAAUGAUGGUAUUGGCGAUUGUGAUAGAAGAAAAAGCAUGGAAGAAAAUAGUAAAAAUGAUCACGAAUCUGAGGGGAAUGAUGAUAAAGGGGAUAAUAAAAAUAAAAACAAGAAUACCAAUAAUUCCAAAAGCAAAGGAAAUAGCAAAGGUAACAAGAACAAAAAUGGAAAUAAAAAAAAUAAAAAAAAUGGAAACCAAAAUGUGAAAAUCAAUUCAAAUAACAUUGGAGAAGAUAAGACUGAUCAAAAGAAUGAUACUUCAAAUGGCAAAUAUUUACAUGGAAAUAUAAGUAUUACUAAUAAUAAGACAUUAAAACAUAAUACCUCGUCAAAUAAAUCUUCUAUUGUAAAUCCAGGAUCAAAGAAAAGUGGAACCAAUAUAGCCAAUUUAAUUAUUUCUGAUAAAUAUUCUACUGUUAGUGCUGCUUCUACUACGAAUACCAAUAACAAUCAGAGGAGUGCAUCAGAUCAUAGUAAUGAAAAUUUUGAAAAAAAUAGCUGCACAUGUACUGAAUCAAAUUCGAUUUUAUUCCAAGAUAGAGAUAUAAAAUAUGAUGAAAAAAGUGAACGGAUCACAAUUUGUGAUAACGAUAGCAAUAUGGCAACUGUUAUAGAUGAAAAUAAGAGUAAUGAUAUAGUAAAUCUAAACAAUACUAUUAACUUAUUUAAAAAUAAUAUAUACAAUGCUUUUAAUGAUACAUUUAGUGAGAAAACAGCUGAGUCCAUUUAUUUUUCUAAAAAUGUGCCAAACAAUGAUAUGGACAUAAUAAUUGAAAAUACAGAUAAUUUAAAAAAGAAAAAGAAAAAAAAGAUACAAAAUAAUAAUAUAAUAGAUAGUAAUAAUAAUAUGAACACAUUCUUAUCUCACACACAAAUUCCUAUAUUUGAUGCAGAAAGGGAAAAAACAUCAGGAAUAAACCAAAUUAGCCAUAGUAUGUUACAAAAUAAAUUCGGGUUAAAUGAUGAAAAAGAAAAUCAUUCAAUGACAAGUAGCACUUAUACCAGUACAUCAAUUAACGAUGGUAGUAUAACUCAAUUACAUAAUGGCAUGAAAAUUCCUCUAGUUAAAACAUAUGAUAUAAAUAAAACUGUGGAUAAUAGUACUGCAAAUAAUUAUGGUUUAAAUAUAAACAUAGGUAAUAAUACAUUAAAUACUACAAAUCAAAGUAUCGAAAUUAAUGGAAAUGUCUCGACCCGAUUUUCUCAAAACAAUUCUUUAAACCAACAUAAAGAAACUAAUACAAAUUAUAAUCGUUAUAAUAAUGAAAAAAAUGUAAAAGAAAAUUAUAAUUCUAUGAAUUUAAGGAAGGGAGGAAAUAAUAAUAUGUCUGUAGAAAGGCCAGUGAUAUUAAACAAUUCUCAAAUGUUGCAAGCAUUUAUGCAAGGAAGAUUAUGCUUAAGUUGUGAUUCACUAGAUCAUCCAAUGCCUUUAUGCCCUAAUAAUUCUUUUGUUUGUCCUAAUUGCCAUAAUAUUUCUCAUCGAGGAAAUGAUUGCCCAAUGAAGUGUCGAUUUUGUUUAAAAUAUCAUAAUGGCAUAUCAAUUAUGGAUUGUUUAAAAAAGGCAAGAAUACAAAAUGAAAAAAAGUUAUUAAAUAAGGGAAAAAAUGACAAUAAUAAUAGUACUGAAAAUAAUAACAAAAUGGGAAAUAAUAAUAAAAAUAAAAAUGAAAAAACAAAUAUUGGACCAAGAUUUGAUAUAACUACCCGACCUGACAAUUCUUAUGGUAGAAGCGUAUAUGUAUCAAAUUUAAGUGACGAAAUAACAAAUGCACAACUAAGAGAUGCAAUUAAUAAUCAACUAGAUAAUGGGUUUGUAGUUAAUAUAGAUAGGCAAAAUGGAUAUGCAUUUGUUGAGCUAUCUAAUUUAAACUCUACUUUCCAAUUAGUACAAAGAUCUAUUAAUAUUAAUUAUAAAAAAUUAAAAAUCCAAUUUAAAAAAACAGGGCAAUUCUUAAUACCAGAUAAUCUAUCUUUUAAUUCUAAUAAUGUAUCACCGCAUUUUAAUAUAAACAAUAAUGACAACACUCAAAAUAAAUUGAACAAAACUGGCUCAAAUGCUCAUGCAUCUAAUAAAAAUUCCUCUACUUCAACGAAUAGCGCAUCUAAUUUAGGUACUGUACAAAACAACUUCAUUUCGAAUCACAUUCAUUUUGAUUUUAGCACUCAACUAAAGGACUCUAAUAUGAAACAAAAUACAAAUAUUGUAAAUAAUAUAUCUCAAAACGAUACGAAUAAUAUAACUGUAAAUACUAAUUCCAACAACAUUAUAAAUAAUGGGCACAAUAACUAUAUUUUACAUAUGGACAACAUGGAAGGAGAAAAUGGAGGUUCUGGUAAAUUUUAUUAUGAGACACAAAGAAAAUCACAAUUACAGCAUUUUAAUCAAGCAAGUAACUUGAAAAAAUAUAAGCAAAAAGGUAUCAAUAAUUUAUAUAAUAAUAUUAAUUGCAAUUGUAGUGAGAAUAUCAUAGAUGCACAUUUCAGUUCUAAGGUUCUUGAAAAUCUAAAGAAAACUGCCCAAUUAAACGAAAGAAAUGAAGGAGGAAAUAAUUUGUUGUGUAAAAAUUCUAAUCAAAAUAUAAAAUUUGAAAAUAUAGGGAUCAACAAUUAUUGUAAUAAAAAUGGGAAUAUUGAUAAUUGUUCGAAUUACCAAAUAAAAGAUUUAUUAAGUUAUUAUAAUAUGAACAAAAAUAAUGGAAGGUCAGAUAAUUUGAUAAAGCAAAAUGAUUUCUAUGAUUUUAUGUCUUUUGAAGAUGAAAAUAUAUUAAAUGAUUAUUUAAAAAAGAAAAAUACAAAUUUGAAUAAUAAUAUAUCUCCUAUGGAUAUACCAAAUAUGGAAGAGCGAAAUAGUUCCAUUUUUAAUGAUGAUAUGUUUUUAAAAUUUAUAAAUCAUAUUACAAAUGAUCAAAACAAAUUAAAUAAUACUAUAAUAAAUGAAAGAACCAAAGCAACAAAUUCUACUAUUAAUAAUAACUCGGAUAGUUUAUUAAACUCCCAUUUAUUUAAUAAUAGAUCGUUACUAUUAAAGGAAAACAAUAAUUAUUAUAAUAACACUACAGAAGAUAACAAUGUUCGAGAUUUAAGUAGCAAUAUAUAUUUGAAAAAUGAUAAUAAUUUAACAGAAUGUAAUUCAUCUACAGAUCAUAAUAUGAUUCAAAAAUAUAUUCAUGAGAAUAAUAAGUUAAUGGACUCUUCAACAACUUUAGACAUUAAAUCAAUUAUUGAUAAUGCAAUUGAAAUUAAUCAUGGUACAACAGGAUCGGAUGAAAUGAAUUUUACAAGUACUAUCAAGAGUAAUAGUGUUAGUAGUAACAAUAGUGGAUGUAGUUAUAGCAAUGGCAUACAUAAAGAUGAUAGUAGAGAAUAUUUUGCUGAUGAGAAUUCUUACAAUAUGAGCGAUAUAUGCUCUAAUAAUGAUCAUAAUAGUUUGACAAAAAAUAAUAGACAUUCUGCCUAUAUCAAUAAUAAUAAUAUACAAAACUUUAAGAAGGAAGUCGACGAGGAUAAACUAUUUAACCACACAAAUUUUUCUUUUCAUACUUCAGAUCAAGAUAAAAAAUGCAAUGAUGAAAAUGAAAUAAAUCAAUUUUUUUGGAAAGAAUGCAAUAAUAGUAAUUGUGACAAUGGCAAUAAUGAUGAUGAUAUAUUAAGUCAGGGACAAACUGGAUACAAAAAUAUAUGUAACGAUAUGCUUUAUAAAUCUAAUACCAUAUAUGAUAUAUAUAAAAAUUUUAAUUCUAUCAAGGAUAACAGUCCUAGUAUUGAUAAUUGCAACCAACAUACAUGCGAAGGGGACUACAGCUUUAGUAACGGUGCUGAAAACUCAUCAUCAAAUAAUUUUGAUAAUGUUAAUUAUGAUUUUAAAACCCCCAAUAAUGAUAUAUUAUUCAAUAAUAUAAAUAAUGAAAAAACGAAAGAUAUGCAUAAACUAACUAGUGAUGCAAUAAACUAUGGGCAACAGGAACAACUUAAUUUUACAGAUAUUGAUAUUAAUAAAUUUAAAAAUAUUUUUAAUAACCAAAAUAUGGAAAUGUUAAAUAAUAAUUCAUAUAUGAAAAAUAUGAAAUAUAAAGAAAUUGACGCAAUUGAGAAAGAUCUCGAAAGCCAUAUUAAAGUAUUAUGGAACUUAAGAAAAAUAAAGCUAGGUGAAUCCUACAGUAAUACAAAAUGA